AUGAAGUCCUUUGUCCUAUCCCUCAUGCUAGCCGCAAGUGCUGCUGCGAUCCCGGGCCCAGCGUUCAAACCCAUCAACAGACUACCCGGCGUCAAAACCAACCCCUUCCGCCGUGCCAACCAACUCAUCCCCGUCGUUGUCGGCGGCCCCCAAGUAACCUUCACCCCCAACGUUGUCCAAGCUUCCGUAGGCGAUAUAAUCCAAUUCCAAUUCGCGAAUGGCAACCACACGGUGACUGAAUCCACCGGGGACGCUGCCUGCACCCCGAAACAAGGCGGAGUACACAGUGGUCACAUACCUUUUGUCGAUGGCCAGGCCGACGUCGGUACCUUCAACAUGCCGGUGACUACCACUGGACCAAUGUUCUUGUACUGCGCAACGGGCCCGCAUUGCCAGCUCGGACAAGUUAUGAUUGUGAACCCGGCGGAUUCGCAUCAGUUGGCAAAUUAUGCAAAGGCGAGCCAGAUUAGUGGCAAGAGUGUUGAUGGUGGGGCAGUGACAGGUGGUUCGGCAGGGAGGAUUGCGUUGGGAGCUGCUGCCUUUGUACCUGCUCCUCCUGAGGCAGACGCUGCUCCACCUCCGGCUGCCCCUCCGGCUGCCCCCGCGGCUCCUCCUGCUGCAUCUUCUGCAGCUCCUGCACCCCCUGCUGCCGCCCCUCCAGCUUCUUCUUCUUCUGCAGCUCCCGUCCCUCCAGCGGCUGCACCUGCACCUGCUUAA